AUGAGAAUUGUCAAGCAUGAGGAAAUGAUGACUCACAAUCUUGUUGGGAACCAUAAGAGGAAAAAUUUGUUUACCCAGUUAACAAGAAUCUCCACAACACUCGCACUUUUACUCUUGGGUGUUUUAGAAGCUCCUUUUUCAAGUGACUUCUUGUUGUGGAAGAGAAAAAUACGAGAUCUAAUUGACUAUCAUGAAGGAGCUUUAGACAUAAUUGAUAGCAACUCAGUAAAACCUGAGCCACUGUCUGAAGCUGCUAAUGAGGCAGCAAUAAAGGAUCAUAAAACCAAGUCAGAUUUUUAUCUUAAAGCGAACAGUUAUUCCAAGUCGAUGAUUAAAAGUGCAGUUACAGACACUAUGUAUCAGAAGAUCAUGAACAAAGAAAUGACUCAUGAAGCAUGGGAGGGAGAAGACAUCUCCACACACAUAGUGAAAUUAACAAGUCUGUGGAAUGAACUGAACAACAGGCUUAAAGCAAAAGGAGAAACUGUGCUACCUGAUUUGAUAUUGGUAUGUAAAGCUUUACACAUUCUACCUGAAAGCUUUGAUUCCUAUAAAUCGAGUUGGAUGUUAUUAACGAAAGAUGAUAACAAAAUGUUUGAUGAAUUAAAGGAACAGUUGUGCAUGUUUGAGAGAAAUUUUACAAAGAGUAGUGAAAACAUCGAACAAGAGGCAUUAGUAGUCAAAUCAGGUGUACAAAACAAAAUAAAAACUAACAAAUUCAAAGUUAAGGUAAAAUGUAACUAUUGCAACGAACCAGGCUACUGGAUCAAAUAUUGUAAGAAGUGGUUUGCAGAUGGAAGACCAGUUAAAAACACAACUGUGCAGAAAAACAUGGACAAAACUGUAGCAACGAGUAUUACUAUUUAUGGCGAGGCUUGUUCAUCAGAAGUGGAUGUAUGCAAUUGGUGGAUUGGCAAUGGUGCAACGAAACAUACGGCAAAAAGUCCUGAUUACUUUGUCAGCUUCGAAGAAUCCAACAAUGCCUGCUGUAUAAAGGCCACUGGACAGGAGUCUCUAGAAGUAAAAGCAAGAGGAUCAGUUCGGAUUCUGUCAACAGUUGACAGCAGAUGUGAAGAGCUGACUCUGACUGAUGCCUGGAAUAUACCAAAAAUUUCCAAAAACCGUAUUUCUGUUUUAGCUGCACAAGACCAAAUUAAGCCCUUAGUGCCAGAGAAGGAUGCAACUGUGAAUCUUUCAGUGGAAGAUAGAUUUUAUGUACUUCAACUGUAUCAUGAGAGAUGGGGCCAUGAAGACAAGCGUCAUAUUAAAAUAACACUCAAAAAGGAAUUUAACAAUGAUAAUAAGGAAGGGGCAGAGAUUUGUGAACCAUGCAAAUUUGGGGAAGCGCAUCAUCUACCAUUUGGAACUAGAGAAAGCUAUGGCUAUUUUGCUGCAGAAAAAUCAGAAUUGAGUAAAAUUCUCAGAGAUUUUCGCUCACAUACAAAGGCAUUGGGCUACUAUGUUAAAGAGAUGCUGAGUGACAAUGGCAAUGAGUUUGAUAACAAAGCAGUUAGAUCCACCUUAAGUUCAAAUUGUAUAACACAACGAUUGACGGUUCCCUAUCCUCCUAAGCAAAACGCAAUUUACAUUUUGAAUAGAACAGGGAAGUCAUCUGUAGAAGGUGUCAGUCCUUACGAGUUGUGGGAACGGAAAAAGUCUCGAUCUAAACAUUUCACGAUUAUUGGUCAACAUCUUAUGCACAUAUUCUAA